AUGACUAAUGAUGGUUGUAUUGAUCAAGAUGCUUUUUUGAAAAAAGCUGAAGAAUAUUUUAAAGAAGCUAAUAAGAAAGCAAUUGCUGUACGUUUUACAAUGAAAAGAUAUAUUAAACCAGAUCUUGUUGAUGGCAAUCCAGAAUAUAAUACCGAUGAAUCACCUAAGUAUGAUAUUUCAAAGGAAUCAGGAAUUAAAGUAAAUGAUACUAUCUCUCAAAACACAUAUAAUAUACUUGUUAGAAUAUCUUAUGGUGUUAAACUCAACAAACAUAAAUGUUCUACAAUUGUACCUGUGGAUAGUUUUGAUAAAUUUUGGUUAAAUUACUCUGCAGUAACUAAAAAUAAUAUGGAUGGUCUUAUCAAAAAGAAGAAAAAGAAAGUUGGUAAAUCAGUAAGCAAGAAUAAAAUUAAAAAAGGCCAAUAA